CUAACUUCAGCGAUGGUCGUCAUCCUCAGCCUGUAGGGCGUGUCAGCUGCGGACACGAUCAUCCCACAGGUAGAGGGCGCGCUAAAGACUGUUUGAAAGUAUAUGACGUGGGAGAGCCGCUCUGUAGUUUAUAUUCGUUGUUUUGUUGUCAUGGUAAUCAGAAGCGCCCCCCCCCCCCCCCCCCGUCAAUACCAGCUGUUUUGAUUCGUUUUAAUCGGCACACGGUUAAAAUGGUUAAUGUUGUUUUGUAGUUUAUUUUUGUUUGUUUUGUUUUCCACGUUUUUAUUUAUUUAUUUUUUUUUAUUGAGGGCAGUUAAAACAUGAUUACUUGAAAGUAUAACACAACUUUUCACACCCAGACAGAGAUUAUUUCAUUUAAAAAAUUGCAUUAAAGUUAUAAAGUUAAAGAUUAACAUAGUAAAAAUUGCUGAACUUUCCCCUUUUAGUGGGGUCUCAUUUGUUUUAGGUUUCCUGUUUAUGUAGCCUAUCAUCAUAUGAUUUAUUACCCAUCUUAUUAUACGUAUUUGUUAUUUUACGCAUUAUAAUAUGCUACAUGUAGAGCUGCUCCAAUGGCAAAGUUACUUAUAAAAGUAGGCUAUAAUAAUUAUAUAAGUAUAGUAUAGUAUAGUAUAAUUCAUAUUUAGCUACGAGUACAAAUGAGGUCAGUCAGUUGUUCGGAUUCUACGUUGCUAUAAAUUCUUUCACGUUGUCUCAAGUUGGUAUAAAUAUAAUAAUAAUAUUAAAGGACACGUUUCAAGUCUGGGUUUCCCUGUCUGUCACAGCUGAGACGCAGCUUUAAUCCCCUCAUGACCUCUCUGUGCUGGAAAGCUGAAGGACUGCGCAGGAGCUCGGGAGCUGGAGAAACUUUGAGCACCUGAAUUCUACAGGUGAUUGAACCGGUGUUUGAUCAUGGCGGAGCCGAGGACCACCCCCCCUGUGGUCCGUUUGGACCUGAACAACUUUGACCUGGCCCAAGCAGAGAGGAGUCGGUAUGUGUUAACCAGUCCGCGCUCCCUGGAGUCCUGUGCGCGGCUCGGUAUCAAACCUGUUCAACUUCUGAUUAAAUCACUAAACGAGUUGAUUGCUGAGCAGAAGGACUCGCCCUUUGAGGCGGUGAGAGUUAUGCAUGAAUCCUACGAAAGGGAGAGAAUGAAGCUUCUACAAAUGUGCCGAGAGGAAAGGGAGAGGAUUAUCCAGGUGACAGGGGACAGGUGGCCAGGCAGAAACAAAGUCUCAGGCCUGGAAGUCAAACUGAAGGAUCACUCCGUGCAGAGACAGUCCAUCCCAUAUGCAGAUCUGUGCCUUCAAGGGAAACCUGUUAGCAUGUCCUCCUGUUCUGCUGCUAGUCACAGAGACCCAGACAGGAGCACGGUCUGCAGCUUCAGUCUGGGAGAGCUCACACACUCCUCAGCUACUGAGAGGAAACUGGACAAGCUCACCAAGGACAUCAAGAAGGAGAUGUGUGUCACAGUGUCAGAGAGAGACCGCAAGAUAGCAGCUCUCAUGCUCGUGAAGCACCAGGAGGAGCAGACUCGCCUCAAGCUCUGUCAGCAGGAGGAAGAGCAACGAGAGGAGGCCCGAAAACAGGAAGAGGACCAGCGGGCUCAGGCAGAGAAAAGGAGGAGGAAACGACUGAAACAGAGUAUGAAGCACUGGCAUGAAGAGCUGGAGGCCCGCAGGAGGCUGAGGGAGCAUCAAGAGGAAGAGAAAGUGGGGCAACUCAAGCAGGAGGUGCUGCUGCAAGAAGACCGCUGGAGGAGGCUGAAAGAGGAGGUGGAGGCACAGCGCAGAGAAAAGAUGGAAGCUGCACAGAAAGAGGCAGAGGGGCGCAAACGCUACCAGGAGAAGCUGCUGAGAGAGAGGCAGGAGGUGCAGAGAAGGGAGCAAGAGAAGGAGAGAGAGGUAGCAGUGGAUAAGGAGCAGAAGGCCAGGAGGAGCAAAGUGCUGCUGGAGAAGAAGGAGAGGAAGAGGCUGCAGGAGGAAAACCACAGGGAGCUUCUACGACACAUCCUGCUGAAACAGCAGGUGGAGCAGCAGGUGGAGGACGAGGAGGCACAGAUGAAGAGCACCCUUGAGAAGAAGCUGCAGCACUCCUGUGAGAAGCGUGCCCAGGCUGUAGAGGAUUGGAUGAGGGAGCUGCAUGAGCGGGGGGCCCGGGAGGGGGAGCAGAUUCAGAGAGCGCAGCUGAAGGCCGAGCUGCAGAGCGUCCAGCAGCUCACACACAAACAGAUGCUGGUCCAGCUGAGCCAGCGUCGCAUGGAGAGAGCCGCCCUGAACGCCUCGGCCCAGCUCAGGAACAGGGUUCAGCGGACACAUCAACGCAACACACACAGGCAGAUCUGCCACCAGAGGCUCAGAGAGAGGAUGCAGAGAGAGGAGGAAGAAUUGAGGAAGGUCCGAGAGAGCUGCAUCUUCCUGAAGGAGUGGAGGAGGGAGAGGCUGCGGAGACAGCGAGAGAGAAUACAGGAGGAGGCGCAGACGCUGGCUCGGGCCUCCUUUCACAUGAGGGAGCGAGUGAGACAGCAGAUACACAGACGGACCUUUGAUCAGAUGGCUCUGGAGGCUCAGCUGGCUGCCUCCAUGAUCCGCAUGAAACUAUGAAAGAUUUCCUCCCAUUCUGACUUCAGAAAGACUUAAAGCAUCACAUCACAUCAGCAGGCAAAAACUGUGAGAAGGAUGUGCCAUACGAGUUAAUUUGUUAUAACCGGGGUCCUAUGAAUAAAUGUUGGGGCCCCGAGCUGCACAGGGGGCUCUGCAACAUGCUGUGGAUCAUUAUCGUGUCAGAGCUGUUUUCACAGGGCUCAACAUCUCUAGCUCAAUGAGGGACGUGCAGAAUAACAGCAGUGAUUUUAGGAGUGUAAUGACUCACAAAAUCAGUGCGAUUGUGCCUUAUAUUUUCCAUUAACUGCCGUUCGUAUUGAGUGACCCAACAUGACACUGUGCAGUAUUACAGUCCUAUCUUACAGGUGAGAUGUGGUUUAUUAGGUCAACAGGUAGUCAGGGGGGAAAGGUCGAGUUUUUAGCCUGUGGAAAGCUGAGCAGUGCAGGUGAAGCCUCCAGACCAGAGAGCGAGGGGUUAAGUUGUGGUCUGUAGCCAUUGGGGUGCUUGUGGGCUGACAUCAGUGUUUUGAGUUUGAUAUAACAGCCAUUAGCAGCCAGUGGAGUGCAGAUAAGAGAGCAGGGCCUAUGGAAGAAUUUCGGGAGGUUGAAGAUGAGCCAAGCUGCAGCGCUGUGGACGAGCUGCGGGUGUAAGAGGCCACAACACUGGUUAAUGUUCAGCUCCUCACCAUUGUGCUGACUUGUGUCAGUGUCCAUUCAUAUCACGUCUCACUAGAAGCUUUUUAAAACAAACUUUGCAUAUGAAUCUGGAUGGAUUUGUAGUAGAAUGAUAUUUGUAAAUGUAGAAUAUAAACAGCUGUUACUGCUUCAGCACCUGAUUUCAAAUCUCUUCUGUUCUGGACCAUGACAAAUGGAGAGAAAUUAAAUUAAGCAUUAGUGGUGUGAUGAUGUAUAGAAUAGAUGAUGUU